AAAAUUCAUUAUUUGCUUUCGUGCAAAAGGGUUAAUGCAAAACUUCUAUUUAUACUCGCUGGAAAUAUUUCGCCGGUGCGAUAAAAUCUAAAAGCUCAUUGGAUUUAUCUGGCUAAGGUGUUUUCUAAUUUGUUGCCACUAUUUUUGGCGAAAUUGGUAAGCAACUUUCACCACCAUAUAACAGUUAUUGAACCGUCAAAAUUAAUCACAAACAAAUUAAAUUUUUUAAACCAAAGUAGAGAAAAACAUUAUGAUUGCAAUAGUAAAAAUUGUUAUAAUAGUUUUUAAUUUAACAGGACUGUAAUUAAAUUAUUACAAAAUCUGGAUCGCUCACACAUACAGCUGGUCAUGAAUUUGAAAGGGCGUUAAAAAUAAUUAAAAUUAAAUUACUUAGCAAUUAGCAGUGAUUGGCAAUCACCACCUGAACAAAUUAGAAAGUUCGAUUCUAUUUCUGCAUCGCAGCAAAACAAACUGCAACACAUGCACAUUGAUUGCAUCGACGGCAAGGGUUGUAAUUAAAGCCUUCGAAGUUAAAUGAAAAUUCGAUCUGCAGUCUGAUAUAUUAAUUGAUUGUUUUUUGCACGUUACCGACUAUUUGCUCGUGCCUUCUUUUUCACAUGACAUUCGGAGGGACACCCGCCAUUGGUCGAGGUCGUCCAAUAUUAAUCCGAGUGGAAAUAAAGCGAACCAGGCGGACUAUCUGUGUACCAGGCGCUGCCUCUCGUGCUCUCUCUGUUAUGGAAUACAUGUUUUGAUAUUAUUAUUGCCCUCUUUUGCUCUCAACAUCCCAUUAUAUAUAGGCAAUACACGAAUGGGCGCGCAAUCAGUCGCUCGGGCCACCGUGCACGGCCAACUUGCCUCUCUCUGGCCCAGGUUCCUACCGACAAAUUAAAAUGUCGGAUUCAAAUCACACGAUGAGCGGCCUGAAUUCUGCAAGUGAAAUGACUUCGAUCAAGACAGACGUCCUGAGGAACAGGGUGUCCCAACCAAUUCCUGACACCUACACCUCACCCGUCCCUUCUUCUCAAAGACCUGCGUCUCAGUCUCAAUAUCAAACGCCUUCAGCAAACCAAUACCAACCCCCGACCACCACCACCCCUUCAUACCAACCAUCUUCAGCCACCGCGAAUUACCAGCCCUUAUCCUCGAGCCAGUACCAAACCUCUGCUACCACCCGAGAACCACCUCUCACUUCUCAAUACCAACCCGCAACCGGCCCAACUACUGCUUACCAACCACCAGCAACCCCAUACCAACCCCCAACCACCCCAUACCAAUCUCUCUCCUCUCAAAACCAACCAGCAGCUCAGUUUCAAACGCCUAGCACUCAAUACCAAACACCACCGAGCCAAAACCAAACCUACCAGGCGGCUCCGACCACCCAGUAUCAACCGCCACCGGCUCAGUACCAACCUCCAGCGACCCCGUAUCAACCCCCACCCUCGCAGCAACCACCUCCGCAGCAGGAAAGACCUGAAAGAGUCAUUUCAGGGGUCACAAGGACGCCGUCUGUGCGUCAACUGCAGACGCCCGUCGACCCGGCACCGUCGCCGGUGUUGCCCAGUGGCAAACCGGUGACCAAAGAGGUCACCAUCACCCUCUCGGGGAAACUACCCUCAGUGCCGGCUGCCCCUCUGGAAGUGAGCAAACCGAUCGUAGAUGCUGCAAAAGAGGGUGAGGAACUUCUGAAUAGGCAGGUCCCUCGUCAGCCACAGCCGCAAGAUUAUAGGGAGCCGCCUCAACAGCGUCAGUUUGAGAGGCCAGCGGUGCAGCCCCAGCAGGUCAUACAGCAGCCCCCACGAGAGCCCCUUCCUGCCACCCCCGUACCCCAAAAGCCGCGACCCACCGAUCUCACGCUGCAGCAGGAACGUCCCUCGUCAAGGGCGGCCCCCUCGCGCACUCCCGCUGGGGGCUCUUGGUGUCCCAAAACGGGCCGCUUCAUCCCCGACCCGCCGGACCCGCGAGCGGAGAUCAUUCAGCGGCAACCGCCCCCGGAGGUAAUGACGCCCACCCCCAGGAAGCCCAAGGGCAUGUACUGUCCUCGGACGGGCAGGUACAUUCCGGCGCAGGGCGACGUCCAGAGGAGGGCGAUGACCCCCCGGGGAGAUGAGUUCAGGGUCAAGUUUGCUGAGAUCGAGAGUGAGACACCCAGGUACGCGAAGAAGGAAAAGAAGGUAGCGAAGCCGCCGAUGGCGUUUGGCAGCGUCAUUUCCACGCCGCGAGACCCGGCUAGAGUGAGGAGGGCCAAAAGCACCGAGGGAAUCGCGCAGAGAAACGCGAUGACGCCAAGAGGGGACGGGCGUGACUUUGCCAGAUCUAUUGAGAAUUACGAAGCGGAGGAGGAAAAACAAGGCAAUUUAGUACGAUCUGCAAGUACGAGAAGUUCGCUCAGGAGACCGAAACCUGAAACACCAACCAGGUCUAAUGACUACAGCAACGUCACCCCUCGCGUCUCUACUUUCAAUGACCACUAUCAACCCACCGGGGGAGUGAAAAAAGUCGUUGGAUCAAAACUGCAGUGGAAUGCGAAGAGCAGGGUGGACUGCUACAGACGACCAGAGGAAAAAAAGGUUCAACCGCCAACUGAACACAGAAAUCCUGCUUCAAAUGACUACAGACCAGAGACCAGGGAAUAUCAAACAAGACACGUGGAAAGCACUCAGAAUUACCACCCAGAGGUUCAGCAUGCGUAUCAAAGCGAAGAGGAUUCCAAGAGGCUACCACGUGGUAGGAUUAAGUAAUGAGAAUCAAAACGGGGGAUAUACAAACUUUUAGAGUCGCACAAAAAGUUAGCGCACACUAAUCGCAAAAAUGUAUAUUAUCGUCUACUGCUCACGGGUGCUUUAAAUUCAUGAACGGCGGUGAGUGUUUUGUAAUUCUAAGAAGCACUUGAUGCAAAGCUGGUAUUUAAAAAAUGCCGAUAAAAGAAGAGAGCGCGGCCAGGAAGGUCGUCGUGUGAAAGAUAUUAAUUGUUUUUGGCACCCAUUUCAAGUUCAAUUUUAAAACAAAGACACAACGAUCUUCUAGCUUGUAGCAAAUCCACGCAACGCCAGUAGAAAUUGUAAAAAAUUCACCAAUUUUAAAAUAGCCACUGAAAAGGGUUAAAACUUUCAGGAAAUAAAAAUUUCUAAAUAUAUCUUAUUUGCAUUUAACAUAAAAAUUAAUAAAACUCUUUUAAAACCAAUGUUGGCUACAACCUGCAAAAGUUAGAAGUUAAUAAUUUUAAGAAUUGCAACACAAACUUUUGAUUAAAAUAUUUUGAUUUUCUGAAAGCGUCCACCCCUUUAAAGAAGAAAAAGUGCACUUAAAAUAAAAGCGUCUUUAGACAGGGCAGAUUAAGCGCGCUUGAUUCAAAUGCCAAACAAAGAUUUGGCUCAUUUGAGACGUGACGAAUUUUGCUCGCGGUAGUUUUUCAAAAACAAACCCACGCGAAAAUGUAGAAGCUCUCAAGAGUGUAAGAUUUGGCACAAUUUUGUAGCUCCAAUUUAAGGUGCGGUGAAACAAAUUCAGUUUUAAACUCGGGGUGCAGAAUAAUGACCUCUCACCCGCGAGCCAAAAGUGCAGGUGCGAGAAUUUUUAUUUGUAACUGGGCGGCGCAGGACCGACUUAGCUGCGCUCGUCACCUCCGAGUUAUUCCGCCCCGCUGACAGCUCUUGAGAAAUAAGCCGGCCGCGCGACUUGAUGCAUUUAAUUAAUCAAUUACAAGAAGAGAGCUGCUCGACAACGCGGGUUGUUCACACCGACUUUUAUUGCUUGACCUUUCUAAACGCCGUCGGUCGCGGCUUGUUGAUGUUAUUAUUUGAGAGACUUCCGAGCACAAAUUUACGACCGGAUGUUGAUUGUUGUGUUUUAUAAAAAUAGCAUCACUCUCAGUCGGUAUAAAUUGCAAAUAAAAAAAAUCAAACUUAAGUUAUUUUGACGUUGAAUAUCUAUG